GUGACCUUGAACGAACAACGGUCGUUAGAGGCGGUGAAUUACCACGGAGCCAUGGAGGGCCAGGCUUGAACCAACAUGCUUCCCUCGGUACCGUUCACGGUUACCAGCAUCAAAGGGGUUUCUCAUCGAGUAAGGAAUUUUCAGCAACAAGUGCACGCGUCAACAGCAUACUCCACUAGCUAGCUACAACGUGCGUGGUCAUGGUGUAGAAAUUGCUGCUGCCAUACUGAAAUUCCCGUGACAAACGAGAGAGCAAGGCAUGUCCACCGUCACGUUCGAUGUCGAGGAUGGUUCUGUCGACUGCGAUGCGAUUUCUGUUGACUGUGAUGAGAUUGCCAUGGAAAUGGGCUUGACGCACCACCAGUCUCCCUGCAACGGCAACACCAAGAGCUCUCCUUCUUGCCAAACAUCCGAGUGUCCCUCUGACCAUGCCAAUGGCGUCACCACUACAAGACCUCCACUGCUCUGCCCUUUGACCAUGCAGCCACUUCUCGAUCCAGUAGUGAAUCCCACUGAUGGGUUCUCCUACGAACGAAGUGCCAUUAUUGGUGAAAAAGACAAGGACAAGUACAUUCCCAAUAGAGUGCUAAAGGACUAUCUCGUAGCAGUCAAGGAAUCUGCCGUGGCUUCUUCUUCUUCUCGUGAUGGCACCAGGUCCAGCACAGCUGAGCAUAUUCUCACUCUCUUUGUCUGCCCCAUCACCCAUUUGCUCCUUCAAGAUCCCAUCAUUGACCAUGAAGGAAACACAUAUGAACACAGUGCCAUCACUGACUGGGUCCAGCAGCACGGUGUGUCUCCCAUCACCCGGAACCCUUUAUCACUGCAGCAGCUCUAUGACAACAAGACCCUCUCUGAGGUCCUCCUGCAAGAAACCCCCCUGCUCCAGCAACAGCAAGUAGGAAGAGCAAGAAAUGAAAGACAGCUACAGGACGAGGAAUUGGGACGGAAAACACCUCGACGGAAUGUCAACGAAUUGGUUUCACAAGAACAGGAGGUUGCCUCUGACUAUUCUACCGCCGGGUAUAGAUCCCUUCCUGUAGGAGAAGUGCAGCUGCAAGAGGCAGCACCCGAACAGGAUAUUAAUAUCCACAAUGCACAAGAGCCGAGCAACCACAAGAAAGACGCGUUGAUUGCGGGGGCAUUCUUAUUGGGUUGCUUGGGAUGCACGGUUGGGUCGAUCUUUUUGUCGCGGCACGUUCUCUGAUGGAAUGAACCUAAAGAUAUGGAUGGGGACCCAUGCACAUGGCAGUCCUACAUGUAGUUCGACUCAUCCAUCCGACUGUCUUGUCACAUUGGCCCGCCCAAGCAGAAAUCUGCCAAAAACACAUUUCUAAUUUAAAAAAACUCCAGGCACGCAACUGUUUCAAGAAUGAUGCUGGCUAGUUUGGUCGUACGUGUAGCUAUGGAAUCGGGAGUGCUAACAACAUGAUGCUACCGCAAUGCGACGACAGAGGGUUGGAUCUGCGGCGGCUGCCUACGGUACCGGUACGGCAGCGUGGCCAUCGGGCACGGGGAAAUGCCUGCAGAUAGCAAACUACUUCAUUCCCAACAGAAGAUUCCUACGUUGCACCUUGAUAGCUAUCUAUCUAUCUACCGGUGGGGCCUAGCAAUUCAGAUACUGGUAGUAGCUCAGCAUGAGUUCUUACUUCGGCACUCGUUUGCGGUGCGACUCGAAUUCCGCUUGUUUCUCUGAAAAAUGCACGACUUGCAGUCAAACAGGCUUAUUCCAUGCAUGGUACUAAUGGUAGCUCCCUUUUAAGUUAUUGGGGUCGUUGGGUACAUGAACUCAAGACUAUUUUGAUGGUGUGUCGAAAAUAUAGUCUGUUUUUAACGUUUUCUGAAUAGAUCCACGCACAAAUGCGUAGAAAGAAGAGUUUUGGAAUCUAAAAUCAGAGAAGGGUGGUGCAUUCGUGAUACAGGCUACUAGUACCCAACGACCCAGAGUAUCGGUCGCGCA